CUAUCAGGUUGCAUUAAACUCAAACGUCGCUAUUCAAAGACAUUGGAGUUGGUUCAGGAAUUGAAACAUAAUGGGCUGCAAAGGGACAGUGUGAUGCAUGGGAUACUUUUGGCCGUUUGUGCUUCAAAUAGUCUACAUGAAGAAGCUGAGAGCUACUUUAACUGCAUGAAGGAUGAGGGUCAUUCGCCUAAUCUAUAUCACGAUAGCUCGUUUCUAAAUGCUUACUCUUCAGGUGGAAACUAUGAGAAGGCUGAUGAGUUGGCUCAAGAAAUGAAAUCUUCAGGGUUAGUACCAAAUAAGGUAAUAUUGACUACAUUAUUAAAGGUAUAUGUCAGAGGGGGUUUGUUUGAUAAAUCAAGUGAACUAUUAGCUGAGCUGGACACUUUAGGCUAUGCUGAAGAUGAGAUGCCAUAUUGUUUAUUGAUGGAUGGUCUUGCUAAGGCUGGACGUUUAGAUGAAGCAAAAGCAGUUUUCUCAGAACUGCAGGAAAAAGUGUUAAAUCUGAUGGCUAUGCCCAUAGUAUCAUGGUUUCAGCAUUCUGCCGCAGUGAGCUUUUUGAAGAGGCGAAGCAGUUGGCCAAGGAUUUUGAAGCAAAGUUCAACAAAUAUGACUUGGUCUUGUUAAAUACAAUGCUCUGUGCCUAUUGCAGAGCAGGUGAAAUGGAGAGUGUUCUGCAUGUAAUGAAGAAAAUGGAUGAAUUAGCCAUCAG